CUACUGGCCCUGUUUUAGGGUGCUGUUGGGUGGCUCGGGUCUUCAGAGGGAGAUACAGUAUUAUUGUACAAGAUGCAGUUCAUGCUUCUGUUCAGUCGACAAGGCAAGCUCAGGCUUCAAAAAUGGUACGUGCCUUUGUCUGAUAAGGAGAAAAAGAAGAUCACCAGAGAACUGGUGCAGACAGUCCUGGCUCGAAAGCCCAAAAUGUGCAGCUUCCUGGAGUGGAGAGACCUCAAGAUUGUAUAUAAGAGAUAUGCCAGCUUGUACUUCUGCUGUGCCAUAGAGGACCAGGACAAUGAGCUCAUCACGCUGGAGAUCAUCCACAGAUAUGUGGAGCUACUGGAUAAAUACUUUGGCAGUGUUUGUGAGCUGGACAUAAUUUUCAACUUUGAGAAGGCCUACUUCAUUCUGGAUGAAUUCCUGUUGGGUGGGGAGGCUCAGGAGACAUCCAAAAAGAAUGUGUUAAAGGCCAUUGAGCAAGCGGACCUGCUGCAGGAGGAAGCCGAGACCCCCCGCAGCGUGCUGGAGGAAAUUGGACUCACAUAAACAUGGUCCUCAUCAUCAUCAUCACUUGCCACACACUCCUCCAUCUGCCAGCUAAACUGCUGUAUGUAGCUGAUUCCAACUCCAAUUCACCUUUGAGCACACACAACCUCACACACACACACACACACACACACACACACACACACACGGUGCAUCUGCUCCACAACUCUGCCUUUACUUUCUUUUUUUUUUUCUGAGACAAACAUGUUGCACUGUUUGUGUAUGUCCUACUGAGUUAUUUAUUUGUUCAGUGUGAUGACGUUAACUGUUACCAAGGAAAAAUUCUGCAUAAUUAAGCUUUUUGCUGCUCUCCAGUUCACAACCAAGGUACUGUACUGAGUGAACUGCUCAAUCUCAAUUUGACCAAAGCCGAUGGGAUCACAUUAUCCUGUGAAGUAGAUUCAUGAUUGCAGAAAAAGUAUAGUAUAUACAGUAUUGCAAAGGGAAGUCAAAAGUAUUACAAUAACAAAACCAAAGAAUUUCAUUUCAUCUCGACUAACAAUGCAUUGUGAUUAUCAUGAACCUGACUGUAGUUUCAAGCAAAACACCUUGCACCUGGUUUUUGAACACUGUCCUUACACUGUAAUGCACCACUGCAGUCUCAAGUGAAAAGACUGGUGAAAAUGUUCUGUGUCAUAUUAUAAGUAUUAUCUCAGUUUACAGACCGUUAUCACUCUGCUGGUUUCUAAUCCCACUUAAUGUUGUAUGCCUUAAUCUCUGAUGGAAAGAAUCUGUUAUUGUCCCAUUGUUGCAAUGUAGCAGGUAAAUACAAUGAGUUUAUUUUAUUUAUGUGUAAUGUGCAAGAACUAAAUUGACUGUUCUUCUUCUUCUUCGUGUUUACUAUUGAAUUUUGUUUUUUUCUAAUGAAAAAACUGUUACUGUGGAUUCUUAAAAUAUCUAAUCAGUAUUAUAAAGGCUCAGUUUAAGGCACCAGAUUAUUUGAUUUAAAGCUGAAUUAGUCCUUUUUUGGCCACUAGGUGGCAGAAAUCCAAAGAAAGAUGACAUUGACAGAGCCCUGAAAUAUUAUCGCCUUUUUAAGUUGUCCAGCAGACAUGGAGCAACAUGAUUUUACUAUUUUCUGGCCACCUGCUGAAGUCCAAUAUUCCUUCAGCUCUGUUUUGGUUUCCACCAGCUGAGGGAAAUAUAGAAUAUUCAGGAGUCAGACAUCUGACACUAUGUCUACACAGUGGCUGUCGACAGAGCAGCAGAUUAACAAAGCAGCAGCAGCUCCUGUGCUCCGUCUGUGUCUACACAGGAUGCAUUCAGGGUACAGUACUGAGUUGUAGGUCACCCACAGCUUGGCAGGGCUCACAGCCCAAUACACAAUCACUGUACGUAUGUUUGUAAAAUGCAGGAAAAUAUAUUUGACAUAUAAAAAUACACAUUGGGUUGCGUUUACGGGCUUAUAGUGCGAGUAAAAUGUGAGCUGUUACAUGACCUGUGUGAGCUGGACUGGUUAUCUGUUCUGUCAGGCAACUGAAAAACAUGGCUGAAACACUUUGUCUGUAGACAUGCUGUGGCUUUCUUCACAGGCUAGUGGACUAGCUAACUGCUUUUUGGUCUUGGGCUGGUAGUUUACAGGAGGCUAAGCAGACCCUGUGUGAUGUUAACAACUGCCUGAUGCUGCUGAAGGUGAGGUGGCUGACAGUGGUAAGACUUACAUACAAUAAAGUGUGGAUGUUAAACCAAAACAAAGAGCUAAAGGCUCCACAUAGCUAGUUAUAGGAUCUCCAUGGGUUUGUCAGUACAGGCCUCCCCUUUCAUACUUCACAUAUGCAUCCAAUUUAAAAUGGGGGCAUGUACUAUAAAUCACUGUUUUCCCUCUUUGAUAGACUGAUUUCAUACAGACCACGGACCAGGUGAUAAUUUAGAGCUCCUACACACCUUAAAUCCACCCUCUCAGGUGUUUUCAUUAGAGCUCCUCCCAGGUGAUAAGCCUGUACAGACUGUGUUAAUUGACAACUCCCUCACUCCUGUGUUAAUGUGCAACCAAAUUAGACCUCUGAUUCUCAUUAGCCCAGGGAGUUUGGUGACCUCAUGUAACACUGAGCAUGGCUCCACCUUACUCCAACCUGAGCAGAGGUCUAAUGAGGAAGAGUAACUGAAAACAGCUGUGAGGGUCUUUUAAAGCCGUUUCACUGUUGACUCAAAAUUGGUAGAUUUAACAUAAAAACAAAGAAACUUUGUCCAUGUGUCAUGUUGCACAGCAUGUUAACUACCUAUUUACUACUGUGACUCUGAAAAAGUGACCAUGCAUAAAAUAGCAAUAGCGUCAUAAACCACAGCAGAGUAUUGAGAUUUUUUUUAUGUACUAAAACAGUAGUUUCCAGCCACUUUGAUGAGUACUCAAACACAUACACACAUGUGUAUUAGAUGCCUUGGACACAGGACUGUGCAAACAUCAUAAACUGGCAUUCAAUCUGUGUUUUAUGUUCAUCUUGCACAGGUAUGUUCAUCUUUAAGAAGCUGGUAUUGGUUAUUUUAUUUCUGAACUCACUUUUCUUUUUUUCCAUUUUGCAACUUCCUCUAUAUCAUAGUUGAUUUACGUCUCUAAAUAAAUAAAAUCUCUAUUAUCUCUUUUAUAUACAGUAACUACAAAUUAGCAUUUUCAUGCAUAAUUGACUGUGUGUGCUGUUCUGUAUCUCAGAUGUGUGACUGAUGUAUAAAGUGAAAUAUACAGUAGCUACAGCUCGGGUGCAGUGCAACCUGUGUUUCACAUUACUGGACUUGUGUUUAUUCGCUGAGGAUAAAUUGUGCAGUUUACUGGCACAGUGUCUGAAAUGGAUAAAGGAGGAAGGUUAUGUUUUCCUGUCAAGUUGAGCAAUAAAGAGUACUCUGGGGGCGGAAAGUCUGUUGUCACAAA